CGUGAGAAUGUGGAAUUUCCAGCACGGGGAGAUGAGCGGCCAGCUAGUUUCGAGAGGAACACCUGCUGGAGUUUGGCUUUCGUGAGAUUUUUUUUAGAGAGGUUGAGCUCAGUUGUCAACGUCACCCACACCACACAACUGGGUUUAGAGUUACUCAUACGCGCACUUUAUACCAAAGUCAAAUUUAUUUCGUCCACAAAUGAACACCGGGGCAGUCUGUGUGUGUGUGUAUCUCACAGUUUACAGCCCCGAGCCAGUUGGUGGGAAUUCUGCAUUCCCAUGGUGGGGGCGAGUCGGAACAUAGGAAUACCACUUCUGCCUUCACCAAGUGUGGUACUCGUCCUGUAGACUUUUACAGGCUCUGACGGACAUCCCAUUUUCACGAAGCCAAAAAUGUCGUGGAUACGAGAGGAUGCCCCCAAUUUCUUUCAGAAAUUCUGUGCCAAUAUCUUGAAGGCAGGGCCGAUGCCCAAGCACAUUGCCUUCAUCAUGGACGGGAACCGGCGGUUUGCGAGGAAGCAGCAUGUGGAGAGGCAGGAGGGACACACGCAAGGCUUCGACAAGCUGGCACAGACACUGCGCUGGUGCCUGGACAUGGACGUGCGCGAGGUCACCGUCUACGCCUUCAGCAUCGAGAACUUCAAGCGUUCGCAGGAGGAGGUGGACGGACUCAUGGAGCUCGCCCGCCAGAAGUUUGCGCGGCUCCUGCAGGAGAAGGAGAAGCUGGACAGGUACGGCGUGCGUAUCCGCGUGCCGGGCGACCUCGCGUUGCUGCCGCAGGACAUUCAGGAGCUCAUCGCCAAAGCCGUGACGUCCACCAGCCAUAAUGACAAGUGCUUCCUGAACGUGUGCUUUGCGUACACGUCGCGCCACGAGAUCACCAACGCCGUGCGCGAGAUGGCCUGGGGUGUGGAGCAGGGGUUGCUGCAACCCAGCGACGUGACGGAGAGCCUGCUGGACCAGUGCUUGUACACCAGCCACUCGCCAGACCCCGACAUGCUCAUCCGCACCUCCGGGGAGGUGCGCCUCAGCGACUUUCUCCUCUGGCAGACGGCGUACUCCUGCCUCGUGUUCCAGUCGGUGCUUUGGCCGGAGUUCACGUUUUGGAAUCUCUAUCAGGCCAUCCUGCGCUACCAAGUCAACUACCACGCCAUCCAGGAAGUGCGCGCGAGCCACCGCGAUGACGUGGAGCGGGAGGAGCGCGAGCUGGACCUCAGCGUCGCGCUGCAGAGGCUGCGGCACGGCGAGGGUGUGGCCGGCGACGACCCCACGGCGGGGACGGCGGCGGCGGAGGAGGAGGAGGAGGCGGCCAGGCAGGUCGCCUGCGAGCGGCGCGAGAGGACCCAACGAUUUCUGCAGGCGCUGGAGCGCAAGCGCACGGCCUACUUCGAGGAGCUGAGCGCCGAGCCCGCGAGAUGACGCCGAGCGUUUUGCGGAGUGGCGCCGCCACCGUCGCUGCCGGUGCGAGCAACGUGUCCAGACUGCUUCGAUCCAAACGGUGGUGGUGCUGCUGCUGCUGCUGCUGCUGUCCACUGGCGAGAGAGCGUUGUCAAUAACAUGGGCCUUGGUGCAAGAAAUGAAAUGGGAGGGGAGGGUGAAGGAGGGGGGGGCCCUGUCCAAUUCUCACCGUGACCCCCAGCCCCCAAACCCACCUCUUCAUUGUCCAGGAGCCUGGGACCCUCCAGCCCUUGGGCCACCCCCUGUGCAGUUGCAAUGCCCGCACACUCGAUAUCGCUACACUACUGACCUGCGCAGACCAAUAGACCAUAACAACCCCUUAUUACCUUCUUACAGACCAAUUCAGACCUUAGCGGUCACCCCGUGCCCUUAUAAAUCUCAACGUUCAACCUACAAAGUCCCAUCGCAAGGGAGAAACCCAAACAGACACAUUUUAUUUUUGUUGCUCGUAUUGAAAUUGCUGUACGCCGUAUGGACCUGAAAACUCAAUUUCCCUGUACAAGAAUACGGGUAAACCGUGUGGGUGAACAGCUAUGAAUAGACUCACAUUGGAAUCGUAGACUCGCACAGAGUCCCCUAGACUCUCAUAGAAGACCCCUAGACUCCUAUUGAUACCUCUAGACUCCCAUAGAGAUAAAUAUAGUAAAACAAACCUGUAGACUACUCUUGGAACCGUAGAUACACGUAGGACGGAUACUAACCAACGGACCCAUAGACUCGCUCACACAGGACUCAUAGACUCACAUAGGACUCAUAGACUCAUUGGAACGUCGACUCAAGUGGGACCAAUGGUCCAGAGGGCUCAAAGACUCGCAUCGGUGGCGUUGCCUUGCCAGCGUGGGCCCCGAUGCGAGGGAAGAAACGGGGCCCUCUGUCCAAUUUCCCUCCCUCUCUCCGUAGCACGGCACCCCGGGGCCCCUCGACACCGUGGGCCUCGGUGCAGUUGCACCACGUGCACGCUCGAUAGCCACGCCACUGGCCGCUUUGUGGAUGCAGAAAGUUGAUUCUCCAAUUAGCCCAAGGUUGGCUACGUACGGUGCGAAAGAAGUUCAACGCACAAGGUGGGCGCGUGUUGCGGCGCUGGGCACGUGGCACAAAAACGUAAUCGUCAAAACUUUAAAAUCCAAUGUUCGAUCACAGUGCUUGAAAUGCUGGGCGACAUCUCUGUGUAAAUCAGUGUAAUUAAUAUUAUUAUUGUAAUGUUCAAAUGCAUUUUGGGGGUGCGGGAAAAAGAUAUAUGUAUACGUCGUGAGCUGUUGUGCACUUUGAUUAUCGCGAAACUGACGAAUUUCAAGGAGCUUAAGUGUUUUGCGAAAAGUCGGUUAAAAUCCAUCGUGGUCAUUUGCCGACUCGGCAGUCACAUUGAAUGCGUCCCAAUCUGUCAAUCAUUGCGGGAUCAGCAGAUUGUGAUUCCAUGCGUAAACCUCAGAUCGUACACCUGUUGUAGAGUCUGAGUAUUUCAACGUGCCAAUGUUGAUCUCUACUACAUGUAUAUAAAAGGAUUUGUUCCACAGAGUUCGGCCGUGAGAAUUGUCAUGGCAUAGCUGAAGCAGACAUUACGCCUGCUUCCAAUGCCUGUCCCUCCACAUAAAUCAUCAAAGGAUGUUGAUCCAUCCAGUCGUCGACAACGGGACUGUCUCCGUAAGAGGGUCCUUGUGUAAUAUAAACAUCUUGCCGUUCACCAGCAUUGGUUUAAGCGAGCAUGACUGAUGAGACGCCACUGUCGAAACCAGUCCUUGCCUACAAACAUCAACAUUUGUUCAAGCCUGUCAUUGUUUCCUGAUGACGCACCGAGUGUGUAAAUCGGAUGGUGGUUUGCGCGUGUUAAGUAAUGUAAUGCACUCCCAGAAGACCGUGGUGGCUGAUGGGAUGUGUACAGAAAAAUAUCUAAUUUUAAUGUGGAGGGACGUAUGGGAAGGACACGUUAUGGUCAAUGAAACGACGCGCUGAUUGUUGUGUUACAUUGGUUUGGUGACACCGCAAUUGGCAGUGAUGCACAAAUAACACGCAACUUGUUUGUCCACAGCACUGCUUUCAAGUAAGAAAAGUGUAUAGCCAGGUGACGUUUUGGGCAAUGGCCCUGCACGGCACACAGGUCUGUCCAGUCACUUUGAGAGAGGUCACCUUUAGCAGAGUGCGUCAUUCGGCCGGUGAGGUCAACCUCCCUAGCCUCGCGGUGUGUCGUGAGACGUCGCCGAUUCUACAUUUCCUCUUUUCCUUUCGCUAAAGGCAGCGUUGCGAACAUUUUGGGUAUCGUUUUUGCGUCCAGAAUUCAAGUGCCGUCUUCUCUGGAAUUUUUGUCCUACGCUGCUCGCCCCCCCCUCCCCGCCCACCAUCUGCUCGCGUUUAGGCUCUGGCUCUUUGCGCGGCGAUGAACGGAGGUUCGAUCUCGCUUCACCCACAAUCCAUUUCACGAAUGAAAAGGCAGCUUCUCAAAUAAAGACGCUGUUUACA